ACGUAUUUGUGUCUUUGGUUCAAUGAGAACAUAUUCAUUGAUCUUUAGGACUUCAGUCAUCCUUUAGGGUCAGUUGUUUUAUAAUGGGAACAUAUAUGUUGUGAAGUACUUGCUGCACGUAGGACAUAUUUUUGUUGUAACACACAGCUAUCAUGGAGGCGGAACGAAUUUUACAAUAUCUGACCCAAGUUGAAGAGGCAGCAGAGGAUGUUCUUGCAAACAAACAACAGAUCGUGGAUCUGGACACGAAGCGGAAUAUGAACAGGGAAGCUUUGAACGCUCUGAAACAUGAGAUGGCAUCGGAAGAAAAAGUGAAGCUUUGCUUUGGAAACAUGUUCAUCACGUUCCCCAAAGCGAAGACCAAAGAGAUGAUACAGAGAGACCAGCAGCAGCUAGACAAUGAGAUCAACAACCUUCGCCAAGCCCUAAAAGACAAACUGAACCGACUCAAUGAACUGCAAGGGAAACCGGAGCUGACAGGAUACAACCUGUCUCCUCUGUCCAAUGUCGAGGUGAAGGCCAUCAACCACCUGAUGAAGAAAUGAGGUUAGGGUUUUAGAUGGGGUCUGACCCAAUGUCGAGGUGAAGGCCAUCAACCACCUGAUGAAGAGAUGAGGUUAGGCUUUUAGAUGGGGUCUGACCCAAUGUCGAGGUGAAGGCCAUCAACCACCUGAUGAAGAGAUGAGGUUAGGCUUUUAGAUGGGGUCUGACCCAAUGGCGGCUGGUGGUAAUUUAUAUUGGAGGCUCUGGAACAGAAUUAAUGGAACAGUAUCAAACACAUGGUUUCAGAAGGAACAACAUAUCCUAAACCCAAAAUGGACCCUCAACAGUGGGAGACUAAGAUAGAAAUGUUUUAAUCAAAUAUUAUAAAAAAUACAUAUAUAAAUGCAACAUGUAAAGUGCUAGUCCCGUGCUAAAAUAAAAGAUUCCAGACAUUUUC